UUCCCACCGCAACAAUGCCACCGCCAGCGUCGAAAAAGCGCAAACUCGCACCGGCGCCCGAAACCAUCUCCUUCGACAUCGCCGCGCGCGAGGAGUUCUUGACGGGGUUCCACAAGCGCAAGGUAGCGCGGGCUAAACUUGCGCAGGAGGAGAAUGCGCGGAAGGAGAGGGAGGAGCGGAUUCGUAUGAGAGCUGAGCUCCGCAAACAACGCAAAGAAGACCUAGAGAAGCACGUCAAUGAAGUAAACCGGCUAGUCAAGCAGGCAAACCCAGACCUUUCCUCCGCCGAGGACGACGACGACUCCGAUGACAACGACGAUGACGAGGAGGAGGAGGAGGCCGACGCCUCCAAUACCCAAGAUCCCAAUGCAGACCCAAGUAUCGACGAGCAAGAAAACUACGAAGACGACGACAAAUACACGACUGUGACUAUAGAAUCUGUGGGCAUCUCACGGCACGGUUUCGAGACAAAGGCACAACAGAAAGAAGAGGAGGAGAGGGCGGAGAGGGAGAAGAAGGUGUGGACCAAGGAAAAACCGAAGACGGCGAGGCCGAAGAAGAAGAAGAUUAAGUUUAGGUAUGAAACCAAGGCUGAGCGUAAGGCAGAGAGGGUUAAGCAGGGUGUCAAGAAGAAGAAGUUGAGGGAAAAGAGAAUGGCUGAUUGAG